AUGGAAAGGGAAAAAUUGCUGUACGAGAAAAUAUAUCCCGCGAUUAAUGCACACAGAUUUCACUACAAUCGCUUAUGCAGUAAAAAGAAUAUCAAAUGGAUUGUUGGAGAAAAAAAAUUAAAAGAUAGUCACCAUGUGGUCAUACUUAGCAGUAACUUCCAGACGAAAAAAAAGAAAGCAAAUGAUAGCAAGAGGAGAGCAAAUAUACUGCACUUGUCAGAAAAAGGAAAGUUAUUUGUUUCUUUUAUUUUUCGGUGGAAAGAAAAAGAAUUGGAGGAGAGAGCUCACUUCUUAAAUCAACUGUCCACAACUGCAGUUAUCCAAACUUUAGAUUUUUAUCACAUUAAUUUUAACAUAAACGGAGCAGAUGGUAUGCCAACUGGGGAUAAGCAAAUUGGCGGCUGCUUCGUGAACGUCCAUUUUGUGGAAAGAGAAAAACCAGCCUCCAACCGAAUUUGUUCCUCUUCAUCAGGAGAUCACCAAUCAGUUUACAUCGUGACGGACAUAGAAAUUGAUGCCAAUUUGCUAAGGCCUCCAAAUAAGAAAAAGGGGAGUAGUGAAUCCAACAUGAGAAAGUUAACUCAUGGAGCAAGUUAUCAUCCUACUACAUCACCGAUGAUAGAAGAAGUUAUAGACAAACUGAUAGAAAUAUUCUGUGCCCUUAUGAAGGAAUUGCUCUCCGAUGGGUAUCGAACUCCGAAGGAAUGUGUACAACGACCUACUUUACGUCUAUAUAGCGAAUGA